GUCCUGGCUCGCGAGUCGCGAAACUCGGAGGGAAGGUGAAUGUCUCGUCGGCGUCGUGCAUGUUCGCUGUUUGCAACUUUGCGUGAUUUCGACUCGGUGUGAAAGGAGAAGGUUAAGGAAGGCCAAGGAGUCCGCGCGAUAUCGAGGAAAGGCACUCUUAACCUCCCGGCCCGGCCAUGGAGAAGUCGCAGAAGAUGCCGAAGGUGGCGAAGGUGAAGAACAAGGCGCCCGCGGAGAUACAGAUCACCGCGGAGCAGCUGCUGCGCGAGGCGAAGGAGCGCGACCUCGAGAUCCUGCCGCCGCCGCCGAAGCAGAAGAUCUCGGAUCCGCACGAGCUCGCGGACUACCAGCACCGCAAGCGCAAGGCGUUCGAGGACAUCAUCCGCAAGAACCGCAUGAUCAUCACGAACUGGAUGAAGUACGCGCAAUGGGAGGAGAGCCAGAAGCAGAUACAGCGGGCGAGGUCCAUCUACGAGCGGGCGCUCGAGGUGGAUCACCGCAACAUCGCGCUCUGGCUCAAGUACACGGAGAUGGAGAUGCGCAAUCGGCAGGUGAACCACGCCAGGAAUCUCUGGGAUCGUGCGGUCACCCUGCUGCCGCGCGCCAAUCAAUUCUGGUACAAGUACACCUACAUGGAGGAGACCCUGGAGAACAUCGCCGGAGCACGCCAGGUGUUCGAGCGGUGGAUGCAGUGGGAACCGGACGAGCAGGCAUGGCAGACGUACAUCAAGUUCGAGCUGCGAUACAAGGAGAUCGACCGGGCGCGACAGAUCUACGAGCGCUUCGUCAUGGUCCAUCCGGACGUGAAGCACUGGAUUAAGUACGCCCGCUUCGAGGAGUCGUACGGGUUCAUCAAGGGCGCGCGCGCGGUUUACGAGCGCGCCGUUAAUUUCUACGGCGACGAGAGCCUGGACGAGAAGCUGUUCCUGGCGUUCGCGAGAUUCGAGGAGGGCCAACGGGAGCACGACCGGGCCCGCAUAAUCUACAAGUACGCCCUGGAGAACAUCCCGAAGAGCAACACCCAGGAGAUUUACAAGGCGUACACGAUCCACGAGAAGAAGUACGGCGAUCGCUCGGGUAUCGAGGACGUGAUAGUCAGCAAGCGAAAGCACCAGUACGAGCAGGAGAUCAAGGAGAACCCCUCGAAUUACGACGCGUGGUUCGACUAUCUGAGAUUGGUCGAAUCGGAAGGUAACGUCGACGUGAUCCGCGAGACGUACGAGCGAGCGAUCGCCAACGUGCCGCCCACCAAGGAGAAGCAAUUCUGGCGGAGGUACAUCUACCUGUGGAUCAAGUACGCUCUCUUCGAAGAGCUGGAGGCCAAGGACGUCGAGCGGUGUCGGCAGGUGUACAAGGUGUGCCUGGAGCUCAUACCGCACAAGCGUUUCACCUUCUCGAAGAUCUGGCUGCUUUACGCGUACUUCGAGAUACGGCAGAAGGAUUUGAGCAAGGCGAGAAAGACGCUGGGCCUGGCACUUGGUAUAUGCCCGACCGACAAGCUUUAUCGGGGCUACAUCGACCUCGAGAUACAGCUGGUGGAGUUCGACCGGUGCCGCAAGCUGUACGAGAAGUUCAUCGAGUUCGGGCCGGAGAACUGCACCACGUGGAUGCGAUUCGCCGAGUUGGAGACGCGACUGGGCGAGACAGAUCGCGCCCGGUCGAUAUACGAGUUCGCUGUCGCGCGGCCGCGGCUGGACAUGCCGGAGCUGCUGUGGAAGUCGUACAUCGACUUCGAGAUCGCCCAGGGCGAAACGGAGAACGCCCGGCAGCUGUUCGAGCGGUUGCUGGAGCGCACGUUGCACGUCAAGGUCUGGAUAGCGUAUGCUAAAUUCGAACUGCUGAAUCCGCAGCUGGAGGACAGCCCCGACAACGUCAUCUUGGCGAGGCGGAUCUUCGAGCGCGGAAACGACGCCCUGAGAUCCAACGGCGACACCGAGAGUCGGGUGUUACUGUUGGAAGCCUGGAAGGACUUCGAGAGCGAGAAAGGCACCCCCGAGACUCUCGCGAAGAUCACGGAGAAGAUGCCGCGCAGGGUGAAGAAGAAGAGGCGCGUCGUAGGCGAGGACGGCAGCGACGACGGCUGGGAGGAGGUCUUCGACUUCGUAUUUCCAGAGGACGAGUCGCAGAGGCCGAACCUCAAGUUCCUGGCCUCGGCGAAGGCGUGGAAAAAGCAGACCGAGCAAGCUCAGUCUUGAGACGGUUAAAUUCCGCUGUUACAAAAAAGAGCGAAGCGCAACAAUUAAAAGACUUGUAGAAAUUAAGACUUGAGAUUAAGAGAAUUCUCUAAGACUCCCCCGUAACUGCAAAAGUCGCGCAUAUUUUAUAUUUUAUAUUACUCUGGAUAAAUGAGAGAGCGUGACAAAUAGGAUUUUUUAUCUUUAUGUGUAUAUAAAACUGUGAUAUAUUUUGCUAUCGUGAGAAACAUCUGUUUGUGUACAUCACGUUUUAUUAUGGAUGUAAAUAGCUUGUGUGUGUAUAUAUAAAAUUUCAUGUAAUUUAUAAUAAAUGUAAAAUGUA